AUGUUUCUUCAGUCAGUCAGUCUCUGGAACCUGGCGUUUUAUGCCCUUAUGGUUAUCAUGGCGACCCUGGGGCUGUGGGACGUCUUCUUCGGCUUCGAGGAGAACAAGUGCAGUAUGAGCUAUAUGUUUGAGUACCCGGAGUAUCAGAAAAUAGAACUUCCAAAGAAACUGGCAAAACGCUAUCCUACAUAUGAAUUAUAUCUUUAUGGAGAAGGAUCCUAUGCUGAAGAACACAAAAUUCUCCCUUUGACUGGUAUUCCAGUUCUCUUUCUUCCUGGUAAUGCUGGAAGUUAUAAGCAAGUUCGUUCAAUUGGUUCUAUUGCACUUAGAAAAGCAGAAGACAUUGACUUCAAGUACCACUUUGACUUCUUUAGUGUGAAUUUCAAUGAAGAACUGGUGGCACUGUAUGGUGGAAGUCUUCAGAAACAGACGAAGUUUGUACAUGAAUGCAUUAAAACAAUUCUCAAACUCUAUAAGGGUCAAGAAUUUGCUCCAAAAAGUGUGGCAAUAAUUGGUCAUUCUAUGGGUGGCCUUGUUGCAAGAGCAUUGCUUACAUUGAAAAAUUUUAAACAAGAUCUGAUAAAUCUUCUUAUCACACAAGCCACCCCUCAUGUUGCUCCUGUGAUGCCAUUAGAUCGUUUCAUAACAGACUUUUAUAUGACUGUAAACAACUAUUGGAUUCUAAAUGCUAGACACAUAAAUUUAACCACGCUUUCUGUAGCUGGAGGAUUCCGGGAUUACCAAGUUCGUUCAGGACUGACUUUUCUACCAAAAUUAAGCCAUCAUACCAGUGCCUUAUCCGUUGUGAGUUCAGCAGUGCCUAAGACCUGGGUCUCAACAGACCACCUUUCCAUUGUAUGGUGUAAACAAUUACAAUUGACUACAAUUCGAGCAUUCUUUGAUCUUAUUGAUGCUGAUACUAAACAAAUAACUCAAAAUCCCAAGAAGAAAUUGUCAGUUUUGAAUCACCACUUUAUAAGACACCCAGCAAAACACUUUGAGGAAAAUCCAGCAAUAAUUUCUGACUUAACAGGGACAUCUAUGUGGGUUCCAGUGAAAGUGUCCAAAUGGACCUAUGUGGCUUACAAUGAAUCUGAUAAGAUAUAUUUUACAUUUCCUCUUGCAAAUCAUAGAAAAAUCUACACUCAUGUCUAUUGUCAAAGCACCAUGCUGGAUACAAAUAGUUGGAUUUUUGGCUGCAUAAACAGCACUUCUAUGUGCCGGCAAGGGAUUGAUUUAUCAUGGAAAGCUGAACUACUGCCAACAAUUAAGUCUUUGACGUUAAGACUUCAAGACUAUCCAUCUUUGUCUCAUCUUGUUGUUUAUGUACCAUCUAUUCAUGGAAGUAAGUUUGUUGUAGAUUGUGAAUUCUUUAAAAAAGAGACGAGAUCUAUUCAGCUUCCUGUAACUCAUCUUUUUUCCUUUGGACUAUCUUCAAGGAAAGUGAUAUUAAAUACAAGUGGCCUGUUUUAUAAUAUAGAACUUCUAAACUUUGGACAGAUAUACCAGGCUUUUAAAAUCAACGUAGUAAGCAAGUGCUCCGGAGUCAAAGAAGAAAUAACUAGUAUUUAUAAACUUCAUAUUCCUUGGUCUUACGAAGAUUCCCUAACUAUUGCACAGGUACCAUCUUCCACAGAAAUUUCUUUGAAACUCCAUAUUGCUCAACCAGAAAAUGACAGCCAUGUAGCAUUAUUAAAAAUGUAUACAUCUUCAGACUGUCAGUAUGAAGUGACAGUUAAGACUUCCUUUUCACAAAUACUUGGACAGGUAGUUAGAUUUCAUGGUGGAGCUCUUCCUGCUUAUGUUACAUCUAGUAUCCUUCUUGCUUAUGGAGGACAGUUAUACUCUCUUUUCUCAACAGGUCAUUGCUUAGAAUAUGCUACUAUGUUGGAUAAAGAAGCCAAGCCAUACAAAGUUGAUCCUUUUGUAAUUAUGAUUAAGUUUCUGCUGGGAUAUAAAUGGUUUAAGGAAUUAUGGGAUGUGUUAAUGUUACCAGAAUUAGAUGCCAUCGUUUUAACUAGUCAGAGUAUGUGUUUCCCCCUUGUAUCCUUGAUUCUCUUUCUGUUUGGAACAUGUACUGCCUACUGGGGUGGCCUACUUUCUUCUACAUCUGUGAGACUCCUUUCUUCAUUGUGGCUAGCUUUGAAAAGGCCCUCUGAACUUCCUAAAGAUAUCAAAAUGAUAUCAGCAGAUUUGCCCUUUUUGACAAUUGUUUUGAUCAUAGUUAGUUGGACAACCUGUGGAGCAUUUGCCAUACUGCUUACUUAUCUUUAUUAUGUGUUUAAGAUUGUUCAUCUGCAAGCCAGCCUAACAACUUACAAAAAUAGCCAGACUGUGAAUCCCAAACACUCUAGAAGAAGUGAAAAAAAAUCAAAUCACCAUAAAGACUCUACAGUACACUAUCUUCGUUUAUCUGCCAAUGAUGCUGAAGAUAGUCUUCGCAUGCACAGUACUGUGAUUAACUUACUAACAUGGAUUGUAUUACUCAGCAUGCCAUCUUUAAUUUAUUGGUUAAAGAAUCUCAGGUAUUACUUUAAACUUAAUCCUGAUCCAUGUAAACCUUUGGCAUUUAUCCUUAUUCCAACUAUGGCAAUUCUUGGAAAUACUCACACUGUUUCAAUAAAAUCCAGUAAAUUGUUGAAGGCUACUUCACUGUUUCCACUUCCUCUGGCUGUUGGUGUAAUUGCUUUUGGGUCAGCACAUUUAUACAGGGUUCCAUGCUUCGUUUUCGUUCCUCUUUUACUCCAUGCAUUAUGCAACUUCAUGUAAGACUGAAUUUAAGGAAUGAUAAAAAUAAUUAUAACUUUAGCGUCAGUAAGAAGAGAGAAUGCACAGAUUCAUCAAUGUGGACAGCAAGAUCCUUUGGAGAAGACCAGUCUAUUUUUACAAUAUUGAAAAUAGGAAAUUAGUUUUAUAAUACUUGAGAAAAGUAGUUGAAGCAUGGUUUUGUUUUGUGGUAUGGCAUCUGUGUACUAGUCAUUUUUGAAAAGGGUCUGGUGGCCACUGUUUUUGAGGACUUCUGCAUAUCAGCUAUUCUGCUUAAUUGGCCAUACUGGGAAUCUUCUAAAUACUCAGUAAAUGUAGCAUUGCUUGUAAUCUCAACUCAAGCCUUCUGCUCAUUUCAUUAAACUUUCUUCUAAAAAGUUGGUUACUUUGUAUUUGCUACAGCAUGUAUUUGAGAAAUCAGUCUUAAAAGAUGAAUGAAAAAGAAAAAGAUCAAUGAAAUUCACAACUGUUUGGUUUCUCAAAAAUGAAAUAACCUCAAAGAGUCAGUUUUUGACAGCCACAGUGAACAAGGCAGAUCUUUUGUUUUCUUACAUCUAUGAACAUACAACUUUUAAUUUUAAGGAGACAUGUUUUCUUGGUAACCAAUGGAAGAUUGGUGAACAUAAUUUAAAUUCAAAACUUAGUGGAAUUUUCUCACUACUUUCAAAUACAGAUCUUAUUUUGUAUUCUUGGUGAAUAUCAGGAGUCUAUUAAAGAAGUCUCUCCUUAAAUUUAAAGAACAUUGUCCCAGAUAUUUACUUAUUGGUGUUGGAGCGGUACGGUUGUUCAGUAUGUACCAUUUUAUUUAAUUCAUUGACCCAAUGGUUGCCAAAAGUGCCUCAGAUCAUAGUGGAUUUUUAAAAUAACUAAAUUCCAGUGGUCAGAAAAAAACUCUAGGUUUGCAGUUUUUGUCUACUGUAGAAAAAAGUCAGCAUGAUCAAGUGGUAUACUACAUUUGAUAUGUAAAAUUAUACUAUUAAUGGAAUAACCAACUGUUAUCCAUUAAUAGCAUAAGUAUAAACAGUGUACCUAAAUAAAUUGGAGGUUUUAACCACUAGUUUUAACAAUGGCAUCUUAAUUUGCCAAGGUGAUUACCUUGGUUUGACAGAAAAGAGAGUAAUAUUUCUAUUUCAUUUGAGACUUCAGCUUGCUUUUAGCUACAGAAGAGUAGGUAAUGGAGCUAGGUAUCUUUGCCUUAAGAUAGAAUAAACUGAGGCUGAGGUAUACUUGGCUCAUGGAGCCCUUCCUUUAGAUGUGUAUGCUCUACAUACCCAAAACUGUUUAAAGUCCUUAAAUCCCAGUAAUACUUGUGAACUUUUGUCCUUGUUAGUACCCAGGACUGUCCUAGAGUACCAGAUUCAUUUUGUCAGCAAUUGUAUCUGGAUUCAAUUACAAUCUCUCAGCUGUUACUGCCUGUGGAGGGUUUCCCCCACUUCACUACCUAGAGGGUUACCUCACUUCACUUCUCAGUUAUUCCUCAGGUCCUUGCUGUUUUGGCAUCAGUUGAAGAGGAUCUCGGUAUCAUCUAUGAGGGUUGUAAGUUUGUUUGAUUCCAUUGUUGUCUCUCCCAACCUCAUGCCUCUUGUUCAGUAUUUAUAUUUUCACUUAUGGAGAUCAAUAAAGGGAAGUGAUAACUUCAUAGUAGACAUGGCUGACAUUUCAGGCUCUUGUUUGAGAGAGGUAGCACAAGGAUAAAAUACAAAAUGCUUGUUUGUUCAGUAUAUGAAAGGAAAGAGAAUUUAUUAUACACUUGUCCCAUGGCAUACUACGUGUAUAUUUAAAUAAGGACAUAACUGCUUAUGUUUACCUAUUCAUAUAUUCAUAAGUAUAUACAUUUUAUCUUUGUUUUUUUCACUGAUAUUAUCAUUGUAUUUUUAAGUUACAGGUUAAAUGUGUCAUUUAACUAUUUCUUAAUUUAAACUUAUGUUUAUAUACAGAAAGAACUUUAGAACAUUCAUUAAUUUGUAUCUUCUAUUGACAGCCACAGUCAUCAUAUUUAUAUGAUCUAAAGUCUCCUUGUUCAGUCAGUACUGCUCAUGAAUAAAAUAUAACAAGCUUAAAUUUCUCAUUUGUGAGCAGGAGAUUAGCUUUUUAAAGCAGCAGACUAGGCACACUAAUUCUCACUGAACAAUUUUCAUGAGUGUAGUUAUCAAGUCCUAAAGUCUUAUUUAUUCCAACAGAAUAUUUCAUUUUAGGCCUAUAAAAAGAAUUCUAAUUAAACAUAAACAAUAGUAGGUUGGGUCUUUAACCAUUUUUAUACACACACACACACACACACACCUGCACACCUACACACCUACACACACACACACUCACUCACUCACACAUACACAUUUUGACAGGGUGUUUAUCAAAUCCUGAUGUACUUUAAGGCUAAAUAACUACCAGAGAUGAGAAGCCCAAAUAACUACCAGAGAUGAGAAGAUAGGCUCUGUCUCAAGAUUAGGGAAAUUGAUGUUUCUGUCACUUGGGGAAAAGAUAGUCCUUUUGUCUUUAAAUUAUACAUUGUUUCUACCAUGCUUACAACCUAUAUUAAUUAGCUGGCAGAACAGUACAGCUUUAUUAGAAAUGUUACUAAAAAUGAAAUUAUUUACUGGAAGUUACAGAUUAUUCAGUUCAACAAACUUCUGAGCUCAAGUGCUAUAACAUUUUUAUUUAGAAUUUGAGUUUUGAGUAAGUUUUGUGUUAUAAAAAUUACUCUUGGACCCUAUUGUUGAUAAAUAGAUCAAACAGGAAAAAUACUGAGUACUUUUAGUGUUUCUAAAGCCUCAGUUGGAGUUACUAGUAUAAUUUGGAACUGAUAAUAUGGUAGAAAAUAUUAACACCUUUUUUCUGGAUCUUUUUCAUGCCAGAAAUUAAACAGUUUCUGCUAACUCUUUUCUUGGUUGUCACUAGAAUGAAGAUAUUUAAAACAGUGGUCCCAAAAAGCCAUUCUUGGGUUCACAUUGAUUUUGAGUUUCUUCAGUAUAUAUUGAUCAUGUAUUGAUUAAUCUUUAAUUUUUUUUCAUAUUUUGGUCAGAUAAAUUCACAUGUAUCUAAUGGAAUACCUUUUCUUGAUUGAACUACACUGUGGUAUCUAUAUACAGUAAAAAAAAUAAAGAACUAUACUAGGCCUAG